AUGGAAGAGAUGAGACAGGAAGCUGUGGAGAAAUACCUGGAGGACCACCCAGAGUUUGCCCAGGAAUACUUCCAUAAGAGGUUGCUCAUGGAGGGGCAUUGGCCCGGGUUAUCACCAGCUGAGGAGUCUUCCCUAUUUGGUGAGCUGCUGCAGGCCCUGCAGGAGGAAGCUGGCAAUCUGGAGCAGGGCAUGCAUCGGGCCCUGCAGAGGCUGGCACAAUUGCUGUGUGCAGAUCGAUGUAGCCUGUUCCUAUAUAGAACCCGCAACGGCACGCCCGAAGUAGCCUCCAAGCUGCUCAAUGUCUCCCCAACAUCCAAGUUUGAGGAUGACUUAGUGGUCCCUGACCAAGAAGUUGUGUUUCCAUUAGACACUGGGAUAGUGGGCUGGGUUGCCCACACCAAGAAACCUCUUCAUGUCCCAGAUGUGAAAAAGAAUAGCCAUUUUUCUGACUUCAUGGACAAACAAACUGGUUAUGUGACAAGGAACCUGCUGGCCACACCGAUCAUGAUGGGCAAGGAUGUUCUUGCUGUGGUUAUGGCACUUAACAAAGUAAAUGGAUCUGAAUUCUCUAAACAGGAUGAAGAGGUCUUUUCCAAGUACAUCAACAUUGCUUCUGUCAUCCUAAAGCUUCAUCAUACCAACUACUUGCAUAAUAUUGAAUCCCGAAGAAGCCAGAUCCUUAUGUGGUCAGCCAAUAAAGUAUUUGAAGAGCUCACAGAUAUUGAACGACAGUUUCACAAAGCUCUCUACACCAUUAGGCCCUAUCUCAACUGCGAGCGGUACUCCAUUGGACUUCUGGACAUGACCAAAGAGAAGGAAUUCUAUGAUGAGUGGCCAAUCAAGCUUGGAGAAGUUGAGCCUUAUAGAGGUCCAAAGACAUCAGAUGGCAGAGAAGUCAACUUUUAUAAAAUAAUUGAUUACAUUUUACAUGGAAAAGAAGAUAUCCAAGUAAUUCCGACACCUCCUGCAGACCAUUGGACUCUUGUUAGUGGUUUACCAACAUAUGUUGCUGAAAACGGAUUUAUAUGUAACAUGCUGAAUGCUCCUGCAGAUGAGUACUUCACAUUUCAGAAAGGACCAGUAGAUGAAACUGGUUGGAUAAUUAAGAAUGUCCUAUCAUUGCCUAUUGUCAACAAAAAAGAAGAAAUUGUGGCUGUAGCUACAUUUUACAACAGGAAGGAUGGAAAACCUUUUGAUGAGUAUGAUGAAUACAUUAUUGAGUCUCUCACACAGUUUCUCGGGUGGUCCCUUUUAAAUACUGACACUUAUGAGAAAAUGAAUAAGCUAGAAAACAGAAAAAACAUUGCCCAGGAAAUGCUCAUGAACCAGACCAAAGCUACUCCUGAUGAAAUCAUGUCUAUUCUGGAACUUAAAGAGAAGUUAAAUAUAGAUGUCGUGGAAAACUGUGAAGAAAAGCAGCUUAUCACAAUUUUGAAAGAGGAUUUGCCAGAGCCACAGACAGUGGACCUGUAUGAAUUCCACUUCAGUGACCUUCCCAUCACAGAGCACGAGUUGAUUAAGUGUGGACUACGAAUGUUUUUUGAAAUAAAUGUGGUAGAGAAAUUCAAAGUACCCAUAGAGGUUCUUACCAGAUGGAUGUACACUGUGAGAAAGGGGUACCGCUCUGUCACAUACCAUAACUGGAGGCAUGGAUUCAACGUGGGACAGACCAUGUUCACUUUGUUGAUGACAGGAAGACUAAAGAAAUAUUAUACAGACCUUGAAGCCUUUGCCAUGCUCGCUGCUGCUUUCUGCCAUGACAUUGACCACAGAGGUACCAAUAAUUUGUACCAGAUGAAAUCCACAUCUCCAUUAGCAAAGCUUCAUGGAUCUUCCAUUCUGGAAAGGCACCACCUGGAAUACAGUAAGACUCUUCUACAGGAUGAGAGUUUGAACAUCUUCCAGAAUCUAAAUAAGCGUCAGUUUGAAACAGUUAUUCAUUUGUUUGAAAUCGCAAUAAUAGCAACCGACCUGGCUUUAUAUUUCAAAAAGAGAACCAUGUUUCAAAAAAUUGUAGAUGCCUGUGAGAAAAUGGAAACUGAACAAGAAGCCAUCAAAUAUGUAACUAUUGAUCCAACCAAAAAAGAGAUUAUCAUGGCAAUGAUGAUGACUGCUUGUGACUUGUCAGCUAUCACCAAGCCCUGGGAAGUUCAAAGUCAGGUAGCACUUAUGGUUGCAAAUGAAUUUUGGGAACAAGGAGAUCUGGAAAGAACAGUACUGCAGCAACAACCUAUUCCUAUGAUGGACAGAAACAAAAAAGAUGAACUACCUAAACUUCAAGUUGGUUUUAUUGACUUUGUUUGUACUUUUGUAUAUAAAGAGUUCUCAAGAUUUCACAAAGAAAUCACCCCAAUGCUGAAUGGUCUUCAGAAUAAUAGAGUAGAAUGGAAGUCUCUAGCUGAUGAGUAUGAUGAAAAGAUGAAAGUAAUUGAAGAAGAGAUAAAAAAGAAGGAAGAAGGAAACACCAUUGAGAAAGCUGCUGAAGAUUCAGGAGGCGAUGCUGCUGACAAAAAGUCCAAAACAUGUCUAAUGUUGUGACAAAUCAAGCCAGUUAGUCUAAAUUUUGAAUAUCAUUGCUAUUUUUAAAGAAAAACAAAACACUCAAAAGAACUUCAGCAAAUCACUAUGUAGAAUAAAAGGAUCUUU